CUUACGAAAAGUCGUAUACCUAGAGAAAGAUGUUUACACAUAAAAACAAUUUUUAAAAAUUUUAAUUUACGCAAUGUAGCUUAAAUCUGCAAACAUUCAACGUGAAAUGGUACUAAAGGCGAUUAUUUCUGUUUCACUAAGUUAAAGUUGUCUGGUGUCGCAUGUCUUGUGUGUUGACUUUAUCUAUGUUAGGUUGAGGAGCAUGUAUGUUUACUUAUUGAACCAUUAAAUAUUGAAUCACGUGUGCAGUUAAAUGUUUGAAUGUUUUUAAGUAAUUAAAAUAUAUUGUAUUUGGUACUAUGUCGAUUAUAAGUUCCUUUUCCGAUUUAAAAUUAAAUACUUGGAUUGUUCGACAGUUACAUACCUUGGGCUUGACGAAGCCUACGCCGAUCCAGGAAAACUGCAUCCCUGCAAUCCUUAAAGGCCAGAACUGCAUCGGCGGUGCGAAGACGGGCAGCGGGAAGACUCUUGCGUUUGCGCUCCCCAUCUUGCAGAGGCUGUGUGAGGAUCCGUAUGGAAUAUUUGCUCUCAUUCUCACUCCCACCAGGGAACUGGCAUUUCAGAUAGCGGACCAGUUCGCGGUGGUCGGCAAGACCAUCAGCCUGCGGAUGUGCGUGGUGGUCGGAGGGAUGGACAUGGUGACGCAAGGACAGGAGCUGGCGCGCAAGCCCCACAUCGUAGUGGCGACUCCUGGCAGGCUGGCAGACCAUUUGGAGAGUUGCAAUACUUUUACGCUUAAGAAACUGCAAUUUGUGGUUUUUGACGAAGCAGAUCGCCUGCUGAGCGGACAGUUCUCGGAGCAGCUGGAAACGAUUUUUGCUGCGCUGCCUGUGAAGAAACAAAUUCUCCUGUUUAGUGCGACCAUUACAGAUGAUCUGAAAAAUGUGAAAGAACUAGCAGGAAAUGAGUACUUCACGUGGGAUUGCAGAAAUGAUGUAGCCACGGUGGAAGAACUUGACCAGUUUUAUGUGUUGUGUCCUUUUGAUGUGAGAGACAGUUACAUGGUUGAAACAAUUCGCACAUUCCGCCAGAAAAGUGAAAAUGGUUCCAUCAUGAUAUUUACGGACACAUGCAAGAACUGCCAGCUGCUGUCCAUGACCCUCAAUGAAGUUGGUUUCGACAACGUGGCGCUUCACUCCAUGAUACCUCAGAGACAGCGAUUGUCAGCUCUCAGUCUGUUCAAGUCCGAUGUCAUUCGCAUCCUCAUAGCCACUGACGUUGCUAGCAGAGGUCUGGACAUCCCGGCCGUGGAGCUGGUGCUGAACCACACCGUGCCGAGCGACCCCCGGGACUACGUCCACAGGGUCGGGCGCACGGCGAGGGCCGGGCGCGGCGGCACGGCCGUGACCCUCGUCACGCCCUACGACAUCCGCCUGGUGCACGCCAUCGAGGCGGCCAUCAACGCCCGGCUCAAGGAGUACCAGGUGGACGACAAGGAAGUUGCCACCAUAAUGACUCAGGUUUCUGUCACGAAGGGCGAGGCAGAAAUAAAACUGGAUGAAACAAAUUUUUAUGAAAGGAAGCUGAUCAACAAGAGGAAAAAAUUGAUUUUGGAAGGCAAAGAUCCAGACGAGGAAGAGGAAAGUAGGAAACAAUACUUGAAUAAGAAGCGCAGGAAAAGAAGAAAGGAACAUAAUGCAAUAGUUAACAGCAAGCUGUUAUAAAAAAUACCUCAAGUUUACUGUGUGUGUAUUUUUUUUAUAUCUGCUUGCAAAUAUUAAUUUAAAGCAUUGUUUGGUUAACAGUAUGUAAGAAAACAUUCAAUAUGUUUGCCACUACUGUAAAAUUUAGGAGGGGGGGGAGGAGAUAAAAAAUUGCAUAUACCUAUAAAUAAGUUUUAUAACACA